AGUUACAAACACAUUUGUUUUUUGUGUUCACAUAUCUCAGUUUUUUAUUUACUUUUAUAUUUCAUCAAAUGUCAGGCAGACAAAGCAUAAUAAUACUUCCGAUGUGGACGUUCAAAAUAAGACUUGUGACACCGCUUUAACUUUGAAAGGUCAGUGAACCGGAUGUAAACAGAGCACUGAGCCGCCAUUUUGGCUGACAGGGCGCAGAUAACCAUCCUGAGUUUGUUGUUUCACUUUGUGUCAGAGUUCUGGACCCGGCCGGACCGAGCCGGACCGAGCCGGACUAGCAGCCUUCUAUCCCGGUAAACCGUCACUCUUCCCGCCAGACUGUCCGCUGGGCUCGCGCUCCGUCAUGACUCAAACUUUCCGCGCGCAGACGGAGCUGAUCCUGCAGCUGGCGGCGGAGUCCGCCGCGUGCGUCCUGCAGCUCGGCCGGGACGGGACCGACGGCACCGAGCGGCGGGUCAGUGAGUUACAGGGAGCCCGGAGAGAGCGGGCGGAGCCCGGUGACCCGGUAAACCCGGUAAACCCGGUAACUCGGUACCGGAGAGAUUAAAAGUUCCGGAGGAAAAUCCCGCCGUCACUUCCUCCUUUGCUGCAGAGCGGGACGUCACGAGACAGACACAUAACAGACACAUGACGUCACAUCUGACCUUAAUGACGUGAAUUCAUGACGUAGAUCCACUCACCUUUAAUUGAUCAGGCCCAGCUGAUGUCGGUCCUCGGCAUGGCGUCCAGAGAGGCGGCCCGUCAGAUCUGCAGAGUGUUCAGUGAACUGUGCGGCAGCCUGGAGACAGAAAACAGAGCUCUGAGGGACCAAGUGACACGACUGGAGGCUGAAGUGAGGUCAAAGGUUGAGGGACGAGUCAACGCCACGCAGACGCUGUACAAAAUCAAGCCAUCAGAUGGCCCCGCCCUGUCACUGGACAUCAACCAACCAGCUGCCAAUCCAGCGGCCCUCGCCAUGGCCAUCAUCAACUCGGCCAAAUCCAGAUGCAGAGCGAGCGCCAACCCUCAGGUCCCUCUGGUUAUCAUCAGCCAGCCACUCCCUGGACCAAUCACAGGCCAGAGCAGCUCUGCCCCCCAGGUACAGGCACAGGUGCCUCCGCAGAGUCCGGAUCAAACCACAGCUAACAUGACUGCUGCUACGAGUCAGACUGAUCUUCUGACUGAGGCCGUCUCAGACAUGGACCAGAUUUCCACUGAACAGAACCAGUCACCACACAGAACCCAGUCCUCCACAAACAUGACAUCACUUCCUGUGGCUAAUGCUGAGCCAACCAGUAACCCCACAGCCAACGAAGACAUGCCAACACCCGAAGAAGAAAAAGGUGUUUUAAAAGCAGAGAGGAAGCUGGAAAGUGUUGGCGAAGAAGCUGAGGAGCAGACAGUCAAUGACAGUCAGACAGGCGUGAGUGAAGAGGAGCAGAAGGAGCUGGAGAGGAAGAGGAGGAGAGAGCUGUACAAAGAGAAGAGGUUCUUCUGCGAGCUCUGUAACAAAGGUUUCCAUCAGAAACACCAGCUGAGGAAACACGUCUCCUGUCACCUCAAACCUUUCCCCUGCAGCUCCUGCGAUAAAGGUUUCUACAAAUCCAAGAGUCUACAGAAACAUCAGCUGACCCACCAGCUGAGGGAGGCUCAGGAGAACGACCCCGACAAGCUGCUGCGCUGCAACCAAUGCGACAGGAAGUUCAGACUGCUGCGGCAGCUCCGAGUCCACCAGGCGUCUCACCGGCUGGAGAAAACCCCACUCAAGUGCCACGUCUGUGACCGUACCUUCACCUCCGCUGGCGCACUCAGGUACCACGAGGUGUCACAUGCCCAGAUCAAACCCUUCAUGUGCGACGUCUGUGGUAAAGGCUUCACCAGGAAGAAGAGCCUCCGCGAGCACCAGACUGUUCACACCGGUGCCCGGCCAUAUCCCUGCCCAACCUGUGGGAAGGGCUUCUCCACCGCCAGCAACCUGCGUGUCCACAAAAGGUCGCAUUCUGAAGAGCGCCCAUACAAGUGCUGCGAGUGCGACAAGGCCUUCAAGUGUAAGAUGGGACUGCUGCAGCACCGAGUGGUCCACUCUGGAGAGAAACCCUUCAUGUGUCAGACCUGCGGGCUGAGCUUCGGACUCAAGUACAACUUCCAAAGACACCUGCGCCUCCACAACGGAGAGAAACCAUUCAGGUGUGAUAAAUGUGGAGAGGGCUUCACGGGUACCUGGGCUCUGAAGACCCACAUGCUGGUUCAUGGCGUGGAGAAGCCUUUCAUGUGCGACCUUUGUGGGAAGACGUUUUUCUACAACUGUCAGCUGCAAAAGCACCAGCAGCUGGUCCACAACGACAAGGGUGCAGAGAAGGCGGGGCAUGUGGUGGGGAGACGGAGGCCGACCGGGGUGAAACCUUUCAACUGUAAGAUCUGUCUGAAGAGCUUCAGCAGCAACUCAACACUGAGGACACACGAGAAGAGCCACGCCGAGAACAAAAAGUUCACCUGCGACACCUGCGGGAAGUCCUUCCACCUGCGACACCUGUACUUGUACCACAUGAGGCAGCACAGCGGCGACCGGCCAUACGUCUGCAGCGUCUGCGAGAAAGGUUUCCUGCUCAUGUCGCAGCUGAAGCAGCACGAGCUCCUGCACACCGGAAUCAAACCUCACAAAUGUGAACACUGUGGCAAAGAGUUCAGGACGCCGCAGAACUACCACCGCCACCUGCUGGUCCACACUGGAGAAAAACCCUAUGAGUGCGUUGUGUGCAGCAGGAAGUUCAGACAGUCCAACCAACUCAAGUCUCACAUGCAGAUCCACACCGGUGUAAAGCUAUACACCUGCGAGCGCUGCGGCCACGGCUUCUCCGACUCCAGGCAGCUCAAGAAACACCGAUGUGGAGAGGAGUUUCAGAGCAUCGACUCCGGUAGCAAACGCAGGAAACAGAAGGGCGUGUUCCCGUGGACUGAGGGCUUCACGAAUCAAUAACACAACCAAGGACACCCGAACCAAGAACAAGAAGUAUUCUUCUUCUCAAAUGUUCAGAUGGACAUCAGUCACAUGUCUGUGUUCAAUGGUUAGCCUAGCUUAGCAUAAAGACGUGGAGCUCCAUCAGCUGAUGUUUCUCUGUAGAGACCGAAUCAUCUUAACAUGUUUUAUUUCUUCUUUAUUUUUAUUUUAAAACAAAAACUAUGACUGAGUAUAAGGACCACAUUAAGGGAAAAAAAUGUAAUUACAAGAAUAAAGUUGUAAUAUUAACUUCGGUAAAGUUGGAAAGAUAUUGGCAGAUUCGAACUUCCGGGAUCAAUAACUCUCAAGUGAAAUGUUAAAACACGCAUAUUUUCCUACCUACAUGCAGCCGGCUGUGAGAGCAGUGCGCAGGAACCGUCUACAAAGUGCAACUCUGAAAACAGAUAUUACAAAAAUAUUCAAUAACUUCACUAUAAUACUGUGUAGUGUCAGCAAACUCACUACACAUUUCAUUGAUCCCCUACAGAUUACAGUACAACACCUGGUUUGAAAGAAAGGUGUUGUUGUGUAAUCUGUAGCAGUUCAUAACAUGCGUGUUUUGUGUUUUAACAUUUCACUUGAGAGUUAUUGAUCCCAGAAGUUCAAAUCUGCCAACAUCUUUCCAACUUUACCAAAGUUAAUAUUACGACUUUAUUCUCGUAAUACUGAUUACUUUAUUCUUGUAAUUAAUUAUAUAUUUACAAAUAUAUUCUAAUUUUUUUUUCUUUCUUAAUGUGGCCCUAAUACUCCGUUGUAACAAACAGACAUUUGAAAUGAGAAAUAGAAAAUGUUUUUUUAGGGAUGACUUUGAUCGUUUUGAUUGUUUAUUUUGAAAUGAUCCGAUGUCACAUUAAAGGGCUGUUUCAGUGAA